ACGACGGCACCAGUAGUGCCAAUGCACUCGAAGCAUACGGGCGAAGUUCGUGAAGUGUGAAAGUGAACUUGUUCCGCAGUUGCCACAACUCUAAGUCCUGAACAGAUUGAUGAAUAAACUCAACCGACCACUUUCGGAGUUCGCCAUACACCGUUAAAAGUGUGAAGUGAAGUAGGCCAGUAGCCGUCCAGGAAAUGCUAUCAUACGCAUUAGCAGCAGUCGAUAUGCUGCUGGAACUUUUCACCAAAGGAUGUCGGAUGGUGAGGCGUGAGUUUCACAUAAUUAUGAGCUAUGCCAUCCGGCGGCUGCUGCGUGGUGCAAUGCACGUGUUCAGUUGGUUUGUCGUGCCGUACUCGUACAUCGUCAGUGCCCGGGUACGACGCAAGUAUCUGCCACCGCUGGACAACCCACUGCUCCAGAUACCGGCCGUAACGUUGGCCGCCAAAAUUCGCAGCGGUCAGAUCAAGAGUGAAGAUGUUGUCGCCGCUUACAUUAACCGGUGCCGCGAGGUAAACCCGAUAUUGAACGCAAUCGUGCAAGACCGCUUUGAGCAGGCUCUCGAAGAUGCCCGACGAAUAGAUCAGGAAAUUGCUAGUGGUCUGAGAACCGAAGAACAGAUGGCGAAAGAGACACCAAUUCUAGGUUUGCCGGUUACCAUCAAAGAGAGUUUGGGAGUGAAGGGAAUGAGUAAUACAGGGGGAAGAAAGUUAAAGAAGCGAAGAAUUGCUGAACACGAUGCUCCGGUGGUUGAACAAAUCAAAAAGAAUGGUGGUAUCAUAUUGUUGGUUAGCAACACUCCAGAGCUUUGUAUGUGUUGGGAAACUUACAAUCAAUGCACUGGCCUAACAAAGAAUCCGUACAAUUUACGUCGAACUGUCGGAGGAUCUUCAGGUGGUGAAGCAGCCUUGAUAAGCUCAGCAGCAUCCCUGAUGGGUGUAACCACAGACAUAGCAGGUUCGUCACGACUACCUGCUGCUUUUGUAGGCGUCUUUGGUCACAAACCGUCACCAUUCGUUGUUUCUCCAUACGGCCAUCAUCCAUCAUGCGAAGAUGAAACAUGGGGAAACUUCUUCACUCCUGGUGCGAUGUGCCGAUACGCAGAAGAUCUCCCACUUCUUUUACAAGCAAUGAGAGACCCAAAAGGAAUAGCUGUCACCUUAGAGGCAGACGUGAACCUUACAAACCUAAAAUAUUACUACAUGGAAAAUGAUGGUCCAACGGGACUAACAGAACCGAUCCAGCCAGAUAUACGGGCCGCCAUCGAGAGCGUCGUUAAUCAUUUCAACGCAGAAAAAGUUAACAUUAAAAGGCUUAUCUGGUCCCUGGACAUUUCCAUGUGCAAAAUGCUGCGAAUGAAGGACAUUGAAACUAUCUAUACUCUGCAGACAGAUGAACAACCAAACACUACGUUUGGAAAAGAGAUUCUUAAGUACCUAUGUGGAUGCUCUGAUUCCGAUUUACCAUCGGUGGUGAUCGGGCCAAUGCAACACAUCAUUCAAAACUAUAUACCCAACUCGAGGCUAGCCUUUCUGGAUGAACAAACCGAACUGCUGCGAAAGGACUUUAUCGAUAUGCUUGGAACUGAUGGUAUUUUCAUCUAUCCGGUAUUUCCAAACACUGCCCAUAGACAUUUCGAAAUCUAUCACAAAUUGGUCGACACAAGCUAUCUCAUGGUGUUCAAUACGCUUGGACUUCCGGCAGCGUCCUGCAUGGUGGGAUUAGAUAGGGAAAAAUUACCUAUGGCUGUACAGAUUGUUGCUAGUCCUGGUCAAGACCAUCUGAUUCUAGCUGUCGCCAAAGAGUUGGAACGGAAGUACGGUGGCUGGGUUCCACCACCGGUCAGAAAGUAGUUAUCAAAUGGCCGGCUAUAGCCGGCGGUGCUAGUGAUAGGCUAUAAUGACCACAGAAUAUCACUGUGAUAGACUAAGUGAGAGAUUGUUACUAUAUUUUUUCUAUUAUUCAACCGUUUCAUUCCACUUCCAAAUUCGGUGAUUUAAAUAAACUUCAAAA